GUCCAGGACAAUUCGGACAAACAGUCGGUACAACCCAAGUGCAGUCUCGAAUUGCUUGAAUAGUUUCAAAGCAUCACAUAAUGGAAGCCGAUAGACUAGAAACCAAUCUAGGUCCCUCGAUUGAGGAAGACAAACCACCCGUAUCAGACGACGCAACUCUCAAGCAACCAAAGAAGCGGUUUGUGGGCCGCCGCACAGCAGAGCAAUCCAGCGACAAAUCCCCAGCUAAUCUGAGUAUAGAGGACAGCAAAGCUAUUCAAGUUGCUCAGCCCAGAAGACCUGCGCGGUUGAUACACAACAUCCCUCCUGAAAUCUUGAACGACAAAGAUAUCAACGAUGCUAUUGCUCUUCUUCCCUCCAAUUACUCCUUCGAGAUCCACAAAACUAUACACCGGGUACGACAGUCAGGGGCGAAGAAGAUAGCACUUCAAUUUCCUGAAGGGUUACUCCUCUUUGCCACCACCAUAUCGGACAUUUUGACUAGAUUUUGUCCUGGUACGGAGACACUGAUCAUGGGAGACGUGACCUACGGUGCCUGUUGUAUUGAUGACUACACAGCCCGUGCGCUGGGUUGUGACGUCCUUAUACAUUACGCCCACAGCUGUCUGAUACCGGUUGAUGUAACGAAAAUCAAGACGCUCUAUGUUUUCGUCGAUAUUAGUAUUGACGUACCACAUCUGAUUGCUACGUUAACACGCAACUUCGAGCCGGGCAAGGCGAUUGCCAUGGUCGGAACUAUACAGUUCAACGCGACAAUUCAUCAUAUUGCGCCUUCACUCCGGAAAGAGGGCUUGGAAAUUGUCAUUCCGCAGAUCUCUCCAUUGAGCAAAGGCGAAAUAUUGGGCUGCACAUCGCCUCAGUUAGCAAAAUCAAAGGACGCCGCCGGACUAUCAGCCGAUGCGCUAUUAUACGUCGGAGAUGGGCGGUUCCACUUGGAAUCCGCCAUGAUUCACAAUCCUGAUAUUCCGGCAUAUCGAUACGAUCCAUACUCACGACGCCUAACACGAGAGCGCUAUGAUCACGACGAACUCUACACCUUGCGGACGAAAGCGAUUACCAAUGCCCAGUCAGCGAAGAAAUGGGGCCUGAUAUUGGGAUCGCUCGGUCGACAAGGGAACCCGCAUACCAUGGCUCUCAUCGAAAAGCGUUUAACCGAGAAGAAUAUCCCUUGGAUCACGAUCCUGCUGAGCGAGAUCUUCCCCGGGAAACUGGCCCUGAUGCCAGAUGUGGAAUGCUGGGUUCAGAUCGCUUGUCCCCGACUGAGUAUCGACUGGGGCUACGCGUUUCCUCGACCAUUGCUCAGUCCUUACGAGGCGCUUGUUGCGCUGGGACUGAAGGAAGCGAAAUGGAUGGACCGGAAGACAGACGAGGCAUACCCGAUGGAUUUCUAUGCGAAGGAGGGGUUGGGUCGAACGAAGGCGAUCGACGUGAAAUAGACCGAAUGGACAAUUGGUCACUAUUAAAUACUCUUCGCUAUGAUGAUCGGUUUCUUUGUAAAGCCCACGCAUCUUCAGCCCUACAACUGCAUUAUCAUGGCUGAAACCCAGUCCCAACGUACUAUCAGACCCUUGCUAGUCGAUUUCCCCUUUCUACCGUUUAUGCUAUAACUGCUCAUAGUACGUCCUACACACUAAAGUCUGAUGUUAUUCCGUCCGAAGAAGCAGAAAAUGAAAUUCGACGUUGUCAACAGUCAGCGCUACCUAAGGUAACCGACCUCAACAGGGAAGCGCCACAUCUGGUGGCCCCUGAAAGAAGCUUCUCCUGGUCGUUAACGCCACUGAUGGCUCCAACUACAGUCCACAUCAGUCCAUCUCUAUUCAAUAUCAAGCC